GGUCCAGCUGCUACCAGAUGAUUGCGCUCAGCCGCUACUGCCGUCGCUGCCGCUGCGCCGACACGCAUCGCAUCCCACAACUUGCUCCCGAGUGCGCCAGGAGGGGACUUGUGCGCGCACGGCACCGUGUCCGAAGAAUGAACCGAGGCGGAUCUCGGGUGCGAAUCCUCUGAUGAGUUCUCACGGGUGUCGAUCAUCUAGCCACUGCAGGAUCUCGCGUUCCCCACUCUGCGUAGCCGAACAGACGCUUGUGAGUUCGGCGGUGCUGGUGAUGUAACGCACUUCACCUCAGAGCCCACUACACAACUGUCAGCCGCCACUGCAGCCUCUCCUCUCAGAGCAUGGGACCCUUCAAACUCUAAAAGGUAGAGAGAGAGAGAGUCAAACCGCAGAGAGGGAAACGAGGGGGAAAACAGAGAGGACGAGGAACGAUGGAGUCCACAUCGACGGAGCAAUCGGCCACGGUGGACGAGCUGGUGGAAUCGUGCAUCCAAGCUUUCGAUGCGAAGGGUGCCUUGAAGGAUGCUUCCUUGGUCCGCAUGUUCCUCAUGAUGCACCCUUGGUACAUCCCUUCCACUGACAUGGCUAAGAAGCUUGUGCUCAAAUCUCAAGAGGAGAGCUGCACCGCUGAGCGACGAACAAGAAUAUGCCACCUUCUGAAGUACUGGAUUUCUGAGUUCCCCGCAGAGUUCAAUCUGAACCCAGAGCUGGCCGACCAGAUCAAAGACUAUAAAGACCUCUUGACCACUGAAGGCAACGAGUGCCAGAGUCAGCUCAUUGACCUCGACAGUGUGCCAUCGUAUAAGUGGAAGCGACAGGUGACUCAGCGUGUCCCAUCUGUGUCCAAAAAGAGGAAAAUGUCCCUGCUGUUCGAUCACCUCGAUUCCUGCGAGCUGGCUGAACACCUGACCUAUCUGGAGUACAAAUCCUUCUGCAAAAUUCUGUUCCAGGACUACCACAGCUUUGUGAUGCACGGCUGCACGGUGGAUAACCCCAUCCUGGAGCGCUUCAUCACGCUCUUUAACAGCGUCUCCCAGUGGAUCCAGCUUAUGGUGCUCAGCAAGCCCACCGCCCCGCAGAGAGCUACUGUCAUCUCCCAUUUCAUCAGAGUGGCACAGAAGCUGCUCCAGUUGCAGAACUUCAACACGCUCAUGGCGGUGGUGGGCGGCCUCAGCAACAGCUCCAUCUCUCGUCUCAAAGACACGCAGGCCCACGUCAGUGCAGAGACCAACAAGGUUUUCAACAACUUAAUUGAGCUGGUGACAUCCUGUGGGAACUACAGUCAGUACCGCAAGCGUUUCUCCGAGUGCUCGGGCUUCCGGUUCCCCAUCCUCGGCGUGCACCUGAAAGACCUGAUAGCGGUGCACGUAGCGCUGCCAGACUGGGCGGACAAGGAGAAGACGCGGGUCAACCUGGCCAAGACCCAGCAGCUGUACGCCAUACUUCAGGAGCUGGCAGUCAUCCAGACCACACCGCCUAGGAUCGAUGCGAACACAGACCUGCUCAACUUGCUUACGGUGUCUCUGGACCAGUAUCACACAGAGGAGGAGAUCUACCAAAUGUCUUUACAGAGAGAACCUCGCAAGCCAGCAGCACAGAAUUCCAGCCCCACACCCGCACCUGACUCCAAGCCAACGAUGAUCGAUGAGUGGGCCGUGUCGGUGAAGCCCAACGCUGACCCGACGAUCAUCAAGAAACACAUAGAGAAGAUGGUGGAGUCCGUCUUCAAGAACUUCGACGCGGACGGCGAUGGCCACAUCUCCAGGGAUGAAUUUGAAGCCAUCAGGAACAACUUCCCAUACCUCAGCAAGUUUGGGGAACUGGACAAGAACCAAGACGGGCAGAUCAGCAGGGACGAGAUGAUAGACUACUUCAUGAAAGCCAGCUCCCUGCUCAACUGCAAGAUGGGCUUCAUCCACACUUUCACCGAGGCCACCUACGUCAAGCCCACGUUCUGCGAGCACUGCGCUGGCUUCAUAUGGGGCUUCUACAAGCAAGGCUACAAGUGUAAAGCCUGCGGGGUGAACUGCCACAAGGCCUGCCGGAGCCGCCUGGCCGUCGAGUGCCGGAAGAGGACCAAGAGCAUCAGCCACGAGUCGCCGCCGGCCCUCCAGGCCCGAUCCUACAGCUUCCCUCCGCCCGCCAACACUCCACCCAACCUGCAGAACACUGUCAUCGCUGAGGAGGACAUAGAGGCCGUGGAGGAAGGAGUGUUCGAUGUCCACCUAUAACCAGAAUCCCUCCUCUCCCACGGUCGGCGUUCGAGGAGCCGGGGAGCCACAGACAGACGCAGAAUGUGCCACAGUACGACCGUUUCACGACCCUCGACAACACAGGGGAGAACUUGCACUGAACACAAGCCAGGAUAACCCACGUGCUGCCACCCGGUGGACGCAUGCCGCAACAUCAGCACUCCUUCUCCUCCACCCCGUCUCACCCCAUCUGAAUGUGGCGACCAAUGUGAAUGGAAUGCCUUUGUAUGAUUUCUAUGUCAAAAUCUUUGCAUUUUUGAUCCACGUGUCAGCCCGAGAGUGUUAAAUAUUAUUACUUAUAUAAAUAUAUAUGUAUAUGUUCAGAAGAAUCCACAAAAUUGUAUUUUCUUGGUGGAAUGUUUUAAAGUGCGGUUUAUAAUUUGAGCCCUCUUCGCUGCAGAUUGUAAAAGGCGGUCUACUUUGAGGUGCUGUUAUUGCCAAGAAUGUAAAGCUGCCACCCAGACUAAGCUACUGUCUUCUUUAAUCUGAGAAGCUCUGCUUUUUUUUUCUUCUUCUUCUUCCGCCUUUUGGUUUGAAAUACAUUUCGGCGCACCUAUAAUAGGACCGACUUUGAUGCCAGAUUAAAUAUUGUUGAUUUUGUGGUGCCCGUCUGAAGCGUGACGACGACGAAAGAGACGUCUGAAAAGACUGUAACUAGGAGGGACUUUGAGCGAUGUUGCAUUUCUGUCAUGUUUACCUGGAUAUCAGUGACUGUCCUGUAGUUAUUGCCGUGGUGAUGUCUUCAGAAUACAGUACUGUCUCGUACCGGUGCACUGAUAGAUGACCUAUCUUCUUACAGUACUGUACAUGUAGCAGAAACAGUGAGAUGGCUGCUGUCGCAUGAAGAACCCGUCCCUUCCUCGGUGACAUGUGUUGACAACGGAGAGUAGCAGGAGACUGAUUCACUUCAAAUGAAAACACAAUCAAAACAAUAAUACACAGACUGGAAUAAUGGGGGGGUUUCAUUUGACAGCAGCUUUUUAAAAAAAGAAAAAAAAAUCAAAAAAACAAACAUAAGACUUUCUCUGAGAAUCUGUUUUUAAAGCAAGUCGUGCUGUGCUGUUUUUAUCCCGCAUGCUUCUGUAUUCUCCUUCCAGACAUCUCCGUUUCAUUUUCUUUUUUUUUUUUUUUUUAACGUAGCAAAUUAUCAUUUAUUUAGGAAACGUGAUGUCUUGAAAUUUCAGACAGGGGAAAUGUUUCUGCUUCUCUGUGCCAGUGGAGAGAUGAAUUCAGACUUCGAGUGCCAUAUUGUUAACUGCUGGUUUUGUCAUUGAAUGAGACUCCUCGCGUUUGCUUGUAUUUAUUUUUUUUCUUCCUGUAUAAAUAGCUACGCUGAUGAUGGUCCUUUAACGUUGUUACUCGCUGCCUGAUGAUGGACGCUCGUUGUUACUCAGAAUGGCGUCAAGCUAUUCUUUGUGAACCCUCAGUAUUAAUAUGCCACAGGCGUCUUUCUAAUAUGUGUUAUUGUUCAAAGAUUCUGUGACAAAUGAAUGAUACUAAAAUGA